CAGACAUUCAAAACACACUUUACGCGCAUGCGCAUUAAUAUUCAUGCGCGCAUUUUUUUCGCGCUAUUUUCUCAUUUGACAUUUUUCCCGCAAUAGCACACAAUAUUAUUAUUUAUUUCUCUUGCUACACCCAUGCACUGACAUCACCCUUCAGCAGUCCCGUCUCUUUUAGUGUCUCGCUUCCACUGCAGGUUCAGUCUACAUUAUUUACUUCCACUUAUUUUUUAAAUUUUAUUUUUAUUUGUAGAUAUAAAACAACUAAUUAGCAUUUUAUCUAAUCAAAUAAAUACAUGACGUCGUACCAUGACACAUUAUUUUUAUUAAUAAAUUAUAUUUGCUGUUAAGACAAUUAGAGUUUUAAGAAACUGAUAAAAAAUAAUUUUUUCUAAUUGAUAUAUAUGGCAAUAAAAAAAAACUAAAGAGUGAUAAGAACCAAGUAAAGAACGCCAGCGUGCUCAGUUUGGAAAGAAAUAAAAUUAUAUAAUGUGCUAAAAAUGAAUAGCCAGGUCAAGUGUCAUUACUUUAAAUAUUCAAAUUGAGAUAACCUUUGCUCUGUGGUUUUAUCAUUUCGCUUAAGGGUGUGGGAUAAUUUCCAUGACAUUCCAUAGAUACUUGUUAUCAAACUUUGUAAUAAUUAUCAAGUUAUUGAUGCUUUAUACUGACAAACAAUCAUCAUGACAGAUACAGAAGCAUCGACUUUGUGCCUUCAAAAACCAAAAUCACUUACCCUAGUGAACAAACGAGAGUCACCAGACGAGAAAGAAGAGGAUGGCCCAGAAAUAAGUAAAUGGACACCUCUGCUCAUUCUAGGCGGAGCAGUUGGUUGUCUUGGAUCAGCUGUUCCAGCAGGGUUCAAUAUAGGGGUUGUAAAUAACCCAGCAGACAUUAUCAGAGAAUUUUGCAAUGAAAGUAUUGAAACAAGAUACGGCGUAAAUUUGACAGAAAAAGGAUUAAAUUUCACUUGGUCAGUCAUAGUGUCAAUAUUUUUAAUCGGUGGUGUUGUUGGAUCACUUGUUGCCAGCAUAAUUGCUGAUAAAUAUGGAAGACGAAAUGCCUUGGCAGUGGGAAAUAUUUUUGGUACUUUGGGGGCUGGAUGUUUCCUCCUCGCGCCAACAUUGAAUUCUGUUGAAGUAAUUGUACUUGGAAGACUUCUUGUAGGAUUUUCUGGAGGCAUGGCUACGACAUUAGUACCAAUUUACGUGAUGGAGAUCUCGUCAUUGUCACAGCGCGGAGCCGUGGGUGUAUUAUGUCAAUUAGGAAUAACUGUCGGUGUAUUUUUGGGCCAAGUUGCUGGACUAGACAAUGUCCUUGGUACCAAAGAAACUUGGCACAUUAUGUUUGCUUCCUUUGCACCACUUUGUGUUACUUCUUUAAUUUUAUUAUAUAUUUUACCGGAAAGUCCCAAGUACUUAUAUAUCAUUAAGCAGGAAAAAGAAAAAGCAACUAGGGAACUCGCGAGAUUUCGGGGUGUCAGCACUAGUUUGCUGUACAAUGAAUUGCGAUCACUUGAAAAAGAAGCUACAAUGCGCACGACUUUGGACACAUGGUCCUUUGGUCGUAUUAUCAGAGACCCGUCAGUAAGACUGCCAUUACUUUUAGUAGCAUCCGUUCAACUCGGACAGCAAUUGAGUGGAAUCAAUGCUAUUUUUUAUUAUUCUAAAAAAAUAUUUGAAGCUGCUCAACUGGGCUCAACUGCCGCUCAAUUAGGAAUUCUUGGGACAGGCAUUAUAAAUAUUUUGAUGGCUGUGAUAUCUGUUCGUAUCAUGUCUUACUUUGGCAGACGAACUUUAUUCUUAAUUAGUUGUUAUGCCAGCGCAAUAUGUCUUUUUGUUUUGUUUAUUGGAUUAGCCACUAUAAAAAAAUCAGCCGUUAUGCCUUGGGUAUGUAUAGUAUCCGUCCAAGUAUACGUACUUACAUAUGGUCUUGGAAUGGGACCGAUCCCUUAUUUUAUUGGGUCUGAAUUAUUCGACGUAUCGCCUCGUCCAACUGCAAUGGCAAUCGGCAGUGUUUGUAAUUGGGGUGGUAACUUUAUCGUUGGAUUACUGUUUCCAACAGUAGUAGAUGCAUUGGGACCACCAACUUACUUAAUAUUUAUAUUCUUUAUUAUUAUCGUCGCUGUUUUUGUCAAAUUUUAUUUACCUGAAACACGCGGUGUCAAUACACCAGACAUUGUGGCACAAUUAAGUAGAGGAUUCCGUCGACGAUCUACAUUAAAUUCAUAAUCAAAAAAUAAUUUUACUAUUUUUUAACCAUGACGAAUUUAUAUAAAGUUUAAUUUUUUUUUAUUUUUAUUAUACCACUUUAUUAUAAAUACUUUC